GCGCUUGUCACUGUCACAUUUUGCGCUGGCGUACAUCGAAACAUCCGUACAAAUAGUUUUAAGUUAAUUAAAUUCGUGUUCUGUAAUUAUUUGAACGAACAUUAACGCACUGAUCAGUUGUGUUUGUCGGUGCCGCCGCAAAAAAAACCAACGUUUCCUGUUUUAACUCAAUUCCUGUGCAAAGUUUCAUUCGUGAAUCGGAAUGGCACCAAUAGGUGAUACUGCAGAACAUGACCUGAAUAUGACUCAGUGUGACGGUCCAGAAUAUGACUUGGUAGUAAUUGGAGGUGGAUCUGGUGGACUUGCAGCUGCUAAAGAAGCAGCUGGGUUAGGUGCCAAAGUUGCAGUUUUAGAUUAUGUAACACCAUCACCUAAAGGUACUAAAUGGGGUCUUGGUGGUACCUGUGUCAAUGUUGGAUGUAUACCGAAAAAAUUGAUGCAUCAAGCUGCUUUACUGGGAGAGGCUAUCGAGGAUGCUAAGAGUUACGGUUGGCAAUUUCCCCAACCAGAAAACAUCAAGCACGAUUGGGCGUCUCUCAGACAGGCUGUGCAAAAUCAUAUUAAGUCUGUCAAUUGGGUGACCAGGGUAGAACUUAGAGAUAAAAAGGUAGAAUACAUCAAUGGUUUGGGCGUUUUUAAAGAUCCUCACACCGUUCAUACGGUGACCAAACAGGGAGAACGUACAUUAACAUCCAAGUAUUUUCUGAUAGCAGUAGGUGGAAGACCUCGUUAUCCUAAUAUACCGGGUGCCGUAGAAUACGGUAUUACCAGUGAUGAUAUUUUCAGUUUGGAGGAGGCACCGGGAAAAACACUAGUUGUCGGUGCUGGAUAUAUUGGUUUGGAAUGUGCCGGUUUUUUGAGAGGAUUAGGUUAUGACGCUACCGUCAUGGUCCGAUCUGUGGUCUUGCGAGGUUUCGACCAACAGAUGGCUAAACUCAUCGCUUCAGCAAUGGAGGAGAAAGGAGUUAAAUUCCUUCACAAGUGUCUGCCAAAAUCCGUCGAAAAGCGAUCUGAUAACAAGCUACUUGUUAAAUGGUCAAAUGAGACUGGUCAAGAAUUCGAAGAUGUCUUUGAUACCGUAUUGUUUGCAAUUGGUAGAAGAGCUCUUACAAGGGAACUUCAUUUGGAUAAGGCAGGUGUUAAAGUGGCUGGAGAUGGUGAGAAGAUAGAUGCGAUGAAUGAACAGUCAAAUGUACCUCACAUAUUUGCCGUCGGAGAUGUUUUAUAUAAAAAGCCCGAAUUGACUCCAGUGGCUAUCCACGCUGGACGUCUCUUGGCCCGCCGGUUAUUCGGCAACAGCACUGUCCAAAUGGACUACGACAACGUGGCAACAACUGUUUUCAGUCCUCUGGAAUAUGGAAGUGUUGGCAUAAGUGAAGAAACAGCAAUUCAGCGUUUCGGCGAAGACAACAUCGAAAUCUAUCACGCGUACUACAAACCAACCGAAUUUUUCAUUCCGCAACGUUCGAUCGCUCAUUGCUAUUUGAAAGUUGUGGCGAAACGUGAAGGGCCUCAGCAAGUUUUGGGAAUGCACUUUAUUGGACCACAAGCUGGGGAAGUUAUUCAAGGAUUCGCAGCGGCUAUGAAGUGCAACUUGACUGUGAAUGCGUUGAUGAGCACUGUCGGCAUACAUCCAACAAUUGCGGAAGAGUUUACAAGGAUUAACAUUACGAAGAGGUCCGGGAAAGACCCGAACCCGGCGUCUUGCUGCAGUUAAAAACACUAUGAGUAAUAGAAUCACUUAGAACGGAUUGGCUCCAGUGAUAUUACUUAUCUUGAAACGGCCACCCAAGGUCAAUUUUUUUCUUCUAGUAUAAUUAUUUGUAAGUAUACAUUCCACAGUGCCUUUACAUUUUUAAGUGAAAUGUAUACAUACUCAAUUACACAACGUUUAAUCAGUAUCAAGACCCAUUGUACCUUAAUAUUUAAUUUUAUUACACUUUUUUGUUGUAACCAAAAUAAAUCACAGAUUCACAUUU